UUGAUUUGAUUUAAUUUAAUUUUCUCCGCUGCUUCUUUCGUUUGUUUUCUUCUCAACUCCGUCACCACUUCCUCAAGACAUCGAAGGAACCAAACCCUAAUUCAAAUUCCUUCGAAACCCCCCAAUUUCGAUCAGUUCAUGCAAGUCAAACAACAUGUGGGAGCAAUACACUUCGCACCUUUAAUCCAGCUUCAGCUUUUCUUCGAUUCUUCGAGCUAUAACUAGAGCUUUUUAUCCAGCACAUCCUUCAUAUUCCUUUAUUGUCUUUCCUCAAGAUCAACAGGUGACUAUAAAGGCAGAUGGCUGCGAGCUGGGAUGGAAGUUAUGACCCUGGCAGUCAGUCAGAUGAUAGCCAUCAUUUUGAGAGACUGCACAUAGAACCCCUUUAUGAUGCAUUUGUUUGUCCUUUGACAAAACAAGUUAUGCGUGACCCUGUGACGUUGGAAAAUGGCCAAACAUUUGAACGUGAAGCAAUUGAGAAAUGGCUCAAGGAAUGCAGGGAAAGUGGAAGAAAGCUGGUUUGCCCAUUGACCCUAAAAGAACUGAAAAGCACCGAUCUAAACCCAAGUAUCGCUUUGCGGAAUACCAUUGAAGAGUGGACAACUAGGAAUGAAGCAGCCCAGCUUGAUAUGGCUAGUAGAUCUCUAAAUAUGAACAGUUCAGAGAAUGAUGUUCUGCUGUCUCUUAAGUUUAUCCAGCAUAUCUGCCAAAAAAGUCGAUACAAUAAGCAUGUUGUACGCAAUGCUGAUCUAAUACCUAUGAUUGUGGACAUGCUAAAGAGCAGCAGCCGUAAGGUUCGGUGCAGAGCAUUGGAGACACUCCUCGUAGUGGUCGAGGAAGAUGAAGAUAAUAAGGCAAUAUUGGCUGAGGGGGACACUGUGCGUACCAUAGUUAAAUUCUUGUCCCAUGAACAGUCCAAGGAGAGGGAGGAGGCAGUCUCUUUGCUGUAUGAACUUUCAAAAUCUGAAGCCGUGUGUGAGAAGAUUGGUUCUAUUAAUGGAGCAAUUCUUAUAUUAGUUGGAAUGACCAGCAGUAAAUCUGAGAACGUUUUAACUGUUGAGAAAGCUGAUAAAACACUAGAAAAUUUGGAAAAGUUUGAGAACAAUGUCCGACAGAUGGCUGAAAAUGGUAGACUGCAGCCUCUUUUGACCCAGAUUCUUGAAGGCACGCCUGAAACAAAGCAGUCCAUGGCCGCUUAUCUUGGUGAGUUGGUUUUGAACAAUGAUGUGAAAGUCUAUGUUGCAAGAACCGUAGGUGAAUCUCUUAUCAAUCUCAUGAAAAGUGGUAACAUGCAAUCAAGAGAAGCUGCUCUGAAGGCACUUAACCAGAUUUCAUCUUACGAGGCAAGCUCCAAGGUGUUGAUCGAGGCAGGAAUGCUUCCCCCUCUUGUCAAAGACCUCUUUACCGUUGGGGCCAAUCAUCUUCCCAUGCGACUUAAAGAAGUCUCAGCCACAAUUCUGUCCAAUGUUGUAAACUCAGGAUAUGAUGUUGAUUCCAUUCCUAUUGGGCCGGACCAUCAGACUCUUGUUUCUGAAGACAAUGUCCAUAACUUACUUCAUCUAAUCAGCAACACUGGUCCGCCAAUUGAGUGCAAACUUCUUCAAGUUCUUGUGGGGCUCACUAGUUCUCCGACAACAGCUCUGAAUGUUGUUGCCGCAAUUAAAAGCUCUGGAGCUACUAUCAGUUUGGUUCAGUUUAUAGAGGUUCCGCAGCAGGAUUUGCGAAUGGCGUGCAUAAAACUUCUCCAGAAUCUCUCUCCUUACAUGGGUCAGGACUUAGCAGAUGCACUUCGUGGCACAGUUGGUCAGCUCAGCAGCCUAUUCAGAGUCGUAUCAGAAAACACGGGAAUUUCUGAAGAACAGGCAGCAGCUGCCGGCCUCUUAGCUGAACUCCCGGAGAGGGAUUUGGGCCUCACAAGGCAAAUGCUAGACGAAGGUUCUUUUCAGCUAAUAAUCUCUAGAGUUGUCAAGAUCAGGCAAGGAGAGACUAGGGGCUCCCGCUUUGUAACACCAGUCCUCGAAGGACUUGUUCGUGUGCUUGCAAGGGUUACUUUUGUCUUGUCAGAGGAACCCGAUUCCGUUGCUCUUUGCCGUGAGUACAAUCUUGCAGCAUUAUUCAUUGAAUUGCUUCAGGCCAAUGGUCUCGACAACGUCCAGAUGGUCUCCGCCACGGCUUUGGAGAACUUAUCUCAAGAAUCCAAAAAUUUGACAAGACUGCCGGAGUUGCCACCACCUGGGAUUUGUGCUUCUAUCUUUCCAUGUUUCAGCAAACAGGCCGUCAUAACAGGAUUGUGUCGCGUCCACCAGGGAACAUGUUCACUUAAAGAGAGCUUUUGUCUUUUGGAAGGACAGGGUGUACAUAAGCUGGUUGCGCUCUUGGAUCACACCAACGUGAAGGUGGUCGAAGCAGCACUUGCUGCACUUUCCACCUUGUUGGAUGACGGAGUUGCUAUCGAGCAAGGAGUGUUCGUUUUGUGUGAAGCAGAAGCAAUUAAGCCCAUACUCGACGUGUUACUUGAGAAACAAACAGAGAACUUAAGGAGCAGAGCCGUUUGGGUCGUAGAGAGACUUUUAAGAACCGAAGAUAUAGCCUAUGAAGUUUCUGGAGAUCAAAAUGUUAGCACUGCACUUGUUGAUGCCUUCCACCAUGCCGACUACAGAACCCGACAGAUUGCCGAGCGUGCCCUGAAGCACGUUGACAAAAUCCCAAACUUCUCCGGAAUUUUCCCAAACAUGUGAUGAAUUUGUUGUAUUGCGCAUUAUAUGGAGAGUAGCAACGUGUAUGUAUUUUCAGUUUCAUCCUUUUGUCUCCCUACAUGGAUAGUUUUGCAAGUAGAUAUUAUUGUAUAUUGAUGGAUUUCCCACUUGUAGAGGGUUUCAAGAAAUUGAUCAUUUGUUUCUAAUUAUGUUAGUUUCAUUGACCUUCA